UUCUAAAUAACAAAUUAAUCACUUCUUCCCUAAAUAAUCUCUACUAACAAACACACGAAUUUUAACUUGGGGAUUUGCAGGGAUGAAGAUGACGAUGACGAUGAAUCUCAAGUUUACUCCUAAAGCUUUUGAUGCCUUCUUUAAUGGUGGUACUACUCUUAUUACUCCUUUUCCUUCUUUUCAUUUUCAUUCACGCUAUUAUUAUUCCACUGCAUCUGAUGUUUUUAUUCAAGAUCGUCAAUUGUUUCUCAAUUCAGUUAGAGAACACUGUAAAUUAGGGUUUUCAAAUCUCAAUUUCCCCCUUUCUCUCUUCCAUCAAAUGCUCUCUUUGCGCCCUAUCCCUUCUAUCAUCGUUUUCACUCAACUCUUCACUGCCAUGUCCAAAUUGAAACACCUUCAACCUCACUCCACCAUUAUCUCUCUCAUCAGAGACCUUGAAUUCUCUGGUAUUCGACCCAAUAUGCAUUCUAUUGGUAUUCUUGCCAAUUGUUACUGCCAUUUGGGCCGUGUUGAUUUCGGCUUCUCUCUUCUUGCCAAAAGACUUAAGCUUGGUCACCCCUUUGAUGGUGAUUGUGUUAUCUUUACUACCUUAAUCAAUGGCUUUAUCCACUGUGAUAAGCUUCCUCAAGCUCUUCAAUUGCUAGAUCAAAUUGUUAAGCUAGGUUUCCAACCCAACAUUGUUACUUAUGGUGCUAUUUUCAAAGGUCUUUGUCGGAUUGGUGACAACGCUGCUGCCCUCCACUUGCUCAGGAAGAUGCAAUCUAGUCCUUGUGAGCCUGAUCUUAUCAUAUAUAACACCGUUAUUGAUAGUCUUGGUAAGGAUAGGCUGUUAAAAGAGGCCCUUGACCUGUUCACUGCCAUGAAAAGUGAGGGCAUUAUACCUGACGUUAUCACUUAUACCUCCUUAAUUAGAGGUCUCUACAACUCCGGCUCCAAGGUCGAGGCUAAAGAUAUGCUAGUGGAGAUGUUGGAGUGUGACAUAGCGCCAAAUGUUACCACCUUCAACAUGCUUGUUGACAUGUUUUGCAAAGACGGGAAUGUUGAUGAAGCACAAGCUAUUCUAGACUAUAUGAUUGAGAGAGGUGAGGUGCCAGAUGUCAUUACUUACAAUUCUUUACUCGAUGGUUAUUGUUUGCGUGGUCAGAUGGAGGAUGCGGAAAAACUACUUGAUUUGAUGGCCAAGAAUGGUUGUGAGCCUGAUAUUGUAAGUUUUAGCACUAUCAUUAAUGGAUAUUGCAAGGCUAGAAACAUGGACAAGGCCCUCAACUUGUUUCAAGAAAUACUUCAGAAAGGGGUGACACCUAAUGUUGUUACCUAUAACACUCUUAUUGAUGGACUAUGCAAAGUCAAUAGACUCCCACUUGCACGUAAACUGUUCAAGGAUAUGCAAGGCCAUGGAGUUACUCCUAAUGUUGUCACAUAUUCUUCAUUGCUUGAUAGCUUAUGCAAAAAUGCGCUACUUGAUGAGGCAGUGGCGUUACUUGAAGAAAUGGAGAAUAAUGGUGUUAAGCCUACUGUUGUCAUAUACGGUAUCCUAAUGGACAGCUUGUGUGAGGCUGGGAAACUUGAAGAUGCUACAAAAUUCUUCUUGGAUCUUGUAUUGAAAAGGCUGGAACCUAAUGUUAGAAUAUACACAAUUUUGAUAAAAGGCUUGUGCAAGAAAGGCCUCAUGGAUGAAGCUAAUCAAGUGUUGAGGAAAAUGGAGGAUGAUGAUUGCUCCCCUAAUGAAUUUACAUAUAAUACAAUCAUUAGAGGAUAUAUUCUCAAAAAUGACUUAUCAAAUGCAUCGUAUUAUUGUGAUCUUAUGGUUAGCAAGGGAUUCAAAGGUGAUGCUGACACUUUCUCAUUACUUAUUCACCUUUUGUCUUCAAAUAACUUAAGUGACUCAUCAAAGGACCAAGUGCGGAAGUUCAUCAAUCGAAUAGAUGCUAAGUUGUAACCUGUAAUUCUCUUAUUAAUGGCCUAAUUAAAUCUAGUAUUACAUUGGAGUAGUAUCUUGUUGUACCUUUUAGUUUCCUUGUUUUACUAGGAUGCCUUUUGCCCUUUUCUUUAUAUAUUACCACUUUAUAUGCACGUUUAACAAUUGUCUCCCCAUAAGAACUUCAAGGAAACUCCAUCUUAAGGAUUUACUUUGGACAUCUUCACUCUCACUUCAUUGCUUGGGUCCUAUGCAAAAGUGCACAGCUUGGGGAAGCAAUGACGGUGUUUUUGGAGAUGGAAGUGGCUUCUGAUAUUGUCCUCUGCUAUAUGUACAAACUGUUAUUAGUGGACCACUUUGUGAAGAAAGUAUGGUGAUUGCUGUUGAUCUUUCUCCUCCAAUUUUGUGGCUGGAAAUCCGAAAAACUGCUUCUGAUUGAAUCAUGAAUUGGCUGCGAUGUCGUUGGUUAACUGUGAAGAGAUUACUUAACGUGUUUCAGGGUAGUUACUAUUAUUUACUUACUAGGCUCCACUGUUUGAUUUCUCUAAUAUCCAGCAAUGCUUCUGACUGAUACAACAAGCAUAUCCCAAGAUUUGUUUCAGAAAGAGAGAACACCCGAUGUUGUUAUCUAUAGCACUCUUAAUGUUAAAAAUCUGCAAAUCCUACAGACUCCUACUUGGAAGCAAGCUAUUCUAGGAGAUAUGCAAGCUCAUAGAAUUUUUUAUGAAGUCGAAAUGAAUAUUGAACAGUGAACACUACAUUUAGGUAUUUUUAUAGUUGAUCUGUUGUUCUAUAUCAGUUCUAGAGAAAUAAAUUACCUCCUUCAUAGUGUUUGA